ACUAUGACUGGAGGCAAAGCUGGAAAGAACCAUGGGAAGGCCAAGGCGAAGGCAAUGUCUCGCUCCCAGAGAGCUGGGCUGCAUUUUCUUGUUGACCGCAUCCACAGACAACUGAAAACGUGCACCACGAGUCACGGAAAGGUUGGUUCCAUAGCCGUGGUGUACAGUGCAGUCAUCAUGGAGUACCUCACUGUCGAGGUGCUCGAGCUAGCAGGGAACACUUCCACGGACCUCAAAGUAAAGCAGAUCACUCCACACCACUUGCAGCUCACCAUCCGUGGCGAUGAGAAGCUGGAUUCUCUCAUCAAGGCUACCAUAGCUGGUAGUGGUGUGAUCCCUCACAUCCACAAGUCCAUCGGGAAGAAGGGGCAGCAGAAGACUGCCUAG